GUAACGUGAUGCUAACUGUAGUGUGGGUGCAGACGUCGUAUGGAGUAGAUUGCUAGACCCUAUCUCUGAAAACCUUCCCACGCCUGCUUCUGGCUGCGUCACACCAAAAUUGGCUGAAAUGUCACCGAAUUUCAAGAAGGUGGUGGAACGGAGUCGAUCAGCUUUCAACAGCGGCCGCACAUUGUCCCUAGAGUUCCGAAAGCAGCAAAUGAAGCAGCUUCUGAAGCUUUAUGAGGAGAACCAGCAGGAUUUCAUUGAGGCCCUAAAAUCAGAUGUCAGAAAGCCAAAAAUGGAAGCGUUCGUCUUUGAAGUGAAUGCGGUGAAAAGCGAUGUCACAUACAUCUUAAGACGCCUGGACAAGUGGGCUGCACCAGACCAAGUGCCAUCUCAGAUCCCACUAGACAAGAGCCUCAUCCUCAAAGAGCCCUACGGUGUAGCGUUGGUUAUAGGCGCCUGGAACUUUCCCCUCCAGCUCACCAUGGUACCAGUUCACGGAGCGUUAGCGGCUGGGAACACCGUUAUUAUAAAACCAUCAGAGACAGCUCCAGCCACAGCAUCCCUUAUAGCCAAGUUGGUUCCUCAUUACCUUGAUAAAGAAUGCUAUCAAGUGGUGUGUGGAGGUGUUUCGGAGACGACUGCUCUUUUACAACAGCGCUUUGACUACAUUUUCUACACGGGCUCCACCCACGUGGGCCGCAUUGUGAGGGAAGCCUCAAACAAAUAUCUCACACCAACCACCCUCGAGAUGGGUGGGAAGAGGUGGGCAGGACAUCGAAGAAGCCCAUGUUACAUCGAUAAUACCAUCAACAUGGACCUGGUCGCUCGUCGUAUCUUGUGGGGCAAGAUGACGAAUUUAGGCCAAAUUUGUGUUGCUCCUGACUAUUUGCUGUGCUCCAAGGCAGUGCAAGGAGUGUUUAUAGCCAAGGCACGAGAGGUCCUACUUGAGUGGUACGGCAAAGAACCCCAAAAGUCGCCAGAUCUCAGCAGGAUUGUGACAGAUAGACAUGUCGAUCGAUUGGUGAGCUAUCUUGAGUGUGGGAAGGCAGUUAUCGGAGGCCGUUUCGAGAAGGCAGACCGUUGGGUGGAGCCAACAGUUUUGGUAAACGUGACUGCUGAUAGCAAGGUGAUGACCGAAGAGAUUUUCGGUCCCAUCCUUCCCAUCAUCAACGUUGAGAAUCACGUAGAAGCAAUAGAAUUCAUCAAGAGAAGAGAGAAACCGCUUGCUUUGUACAUCUUCACUCAAGAAGAGGAGGUGCAGCAGACGUUUCUGAAGCAGGUAUCAGCCGGGGGCGUCACCAUCAAUGACGUCUUGCUCCACAUAGGCAACAACACUAUGCCCUUCGGCGGCGUGGGAGAAAGCGGUAUGGGCAUGUACCACGGCAAAUAUACCUUUGAUACCUUCAGUCACCAUAAAUCCUGUCUCGUUCGCACCUAUAAUUCGCUAAUUGAAAAAGGUACCAGAAAUCGCUUUCCUCCCUACACGGAGAAGAAGAUGAAAUUCAUGGUAUCUCAGAAGGAUCAAGGAGACGGACCUGGCAUCUUCCAUUAUCUGUGCAAACUGAUGGAACAACUAUUCACCAUGGGAUUCGGAGCGAUCAUACUCUAUCUGGUCUUGAAAUAUACCGAUGCUUACUGAUAAGUUAGUCACCGUAGCCGUGCUUGAAUGCACCUAUUCGUUUAAAACACUCGUUCGCAUACUUUUUUUGGGAGGAGGGGCUGUGAUCCUAAAUGCAGUCCUGGUCUGCUCUAAAUUAGUGUUCAUGUAAUCGCUAUGCUGUUAUUUAAGUCAUUUUUAUUCAUUACACUUCCUAAUAAUUCUACUUUAAUUUCUAAGCCUGUCCAGCGACCCUCAGAAAUACCCUUGUUAUCCUCAUAUUGCUAGCUACCAUCAGUCUGAGAGCCGCUAAUUUAAACUCUUAGUGAAUAUGUGCCCCAUGUAAUACGUACGUAAACCAUGUGUUUUUAAAGGUUUAAGAGAGAGAGAGAGAGAGAGAGAGAGACUUAUUUUUCUAGAAUAUUGAUAUGUUAUUGAAAUACUUCAAUAACAUAUCGUUCAUCCCAACCUUUGUGUUACCUUGAAAACAAAGGACAAACUUCACUGAAAUUGAUAAACUUAUUUUGAUCAAAAUAAAUAUGAAGACAAAUUAACGAUCAAUACUUUAAUGUGUUAAUUAAAUUAACAAUCAAUAUUUAAAUGUGUUAAUUCAGAGACACCUGUUAGGUGUUAUCUGUCGAGACUAUGAUAAAUGCCGUGGUGCUCUCUCUCUCUCUCUCUCUCUCUCUCUCUCUCUCUCUCUCUCUCUCUCUCUCUCUCUCUCUCUCUCUCUCUCUCUCUCUCUCUCUCUCUCUCUCUUAUUUAUCCAUCACCCUGACUACUGCAAUAUGUUGUCAUUUUAUAUAGGUUAACUUUUGUUUUAUGAAUAAUUGGAUGGAAAAUGAGGAAAUCUUUAUAGGAAAUAAACAGCGACAGUAUACUAACACUAUCCUCAGCAGAAUGAACACAAUUGUCAAGUGAAAAUAAAAUUUCUGGUCUGGUUACAAAGUUUUCAACAAACAAAACACUAUCAUCUCAUGUCUGAAUAUCGUACGAACUUUUUUUUUUUUUUCAAACAAAUGCCAUGUAUUCUUAUGCGUUGUUUGAUAUUGGUGUAAUUUUAAGGACACAGCCAUAGAUGUUAAUGCUGCAUUUAUGUAAUUAAAUUAUUCAUAUCAUAGCAAUAUAUGGUGUAAACAUCAUAUGAAUAAAAUUCGGAUAAAAA